AGCUCGUCUGUCAUACAAGAACCUCCUAUAAAGGCAAAGAAAGCCAAAAAGAAGGAACUUUCAAAAGCAGAGAAAAACUUGGCAAACAGAGAGUGCGCUUUGGAGCGGGCAGAUGAAGAGGAGGAGCAAAAACUGUUUCAAAACAAAGCGAAGCAAAAAAAAAGGGCUUCUCAUGCCAUCACCAAAGGUGGUGUUAAUUCAGAUAGAGGCACUACUGUAAAAGAACAAAAGGUCAAAAAGGUGGCCGAUGAAACGGUAAACAGAAGAACGGUGUUUGUUGGAAACUUGCCUGUCAGCUGUACUGUUCAGAUGCUGAAAUCUCUUUUUAAGAAGUAUGGACAAAUAAAAUCCACUCGUUUCCGGUCUUUGGUUCCAGCAGAAGAUACUUCAUCCAAAAAGUUAGCAGCAAUAAAGCAUAAGGUGCACCCUAAUGUGAAGUUCAUUAAUGCUUAUGUUGUAUUUAAGGAAGAAUCCGAUGCCAUUAAGGCUCUAAAUGAAAACGGAACAGAAGUUGCUAGUGGAUUUCACAUCAGAGUUGACAUUGCGUCAAAAAGCAGUUCCCAUGACAAUAAACGAUCUGUAUUCUUGGGAAAUCUCUCAUAUGACAUCAGUGACGAUGCUGUGCGAGAACACUUUUCCGACUGUGGAGGUGUAGUAGCAGUGCGAAUUGUGAGAGACAAAAAGACCGGUUUGGGUAAAGGCUUUGGCUACGUUCUCUUUGAGAAUACGGAUGCUGUACAUCUUGCUCUGAAACUCAACGAGACUGUUCUGAGGGGAAGAAAGGUACGAGUCCAGCGCUGUGGAGAGAAGUGGAAAGCACCACAGAAAAGUUCAGGUCGCUCUCGUGCUCCUAAGGACAGAGUUGAUACCACAUUAAAAAAGAAGAGGUGCUCUAGUGAUUCAUUUGUUGGUGAAAAAGCAGUCCCGUUAAAGAAGAGCACUAAAUCAAAAAGACUGAAAACUAUUCCUAGAAAUAAGACUGGGAAAACCAAACAGUCUUCUGACAAAAAUCAAAG